AUGAAGCCGCUAUGAUCGACAUUGAUCAGUUUUAACUGCCGUGGAUCAGUGGCGACCAUUUUCACCUUAGUUAAUGCCGUAUACGACUAACAGCAGCUGAUGGACGAUGGCGUCUCUGAGACUGGUGUCCGCCGAGCCCUCAGACAGAGGCUCCCAGAGAUGCAGGCUGGGCCCCGGCCUGAUGUCAGCGCUGGGCCUGAGGCUGGGCUCCCCGGUGCUGGUGUGUGUGUCCGGGGGAAGCUGCCUGUGCACCGCCUGGCCCCGGCACGACCUGGUGGAGGGGUUUCUGCAGAUGGACCUGAAAUGUUUCACGCCAAAUUUGAUGUUUUCUCGCCCCACACAUUUGAGCGUGGAGCUGGAUCACCUCACGCCUGUUCCCUGCCCCAAACUUAAAGGCGUUAAAAUAACUGUUGUAGUCCAGAGUAUAGAUUUUAAGAAACACACACACCCUCGGGUUGUUCACGAGCUUGUGAAGGACCUGCUGAAAGGUGUUUGUGUCCACAAGGGAUAUGUUAUAAACCUGGAGGAUUACGGUAUAGAAAUCAAAUAUGUUGUUAUAGACAGUGUCAAUCCAGAGUCCACCAGUGCUGGAGUCAUCACCUCAAAGACUGGUGUGGAGAUAGCUGGCGUUCAGAUGGUCCGACAUUACAAAAGUCAACUACAGGACCAGGACACAGUCCCACUGGGAGGACUAGAGGAGGUGAGUGCAUCCCUGAGAGAGAUGCUGCAGCUGCCACUGCUCUAUCCAAACACCCUCAGCUCCCUGGGAGUGUCCUGUCCCCGAGGCGUGCUCCUGGUGGGGCCUCCCGGAGUGGGGAAGACCGCGUUGGUCCGUAAGGUGGUUCGAGAGGUUGGAGCCAGCAUGGUGGUCGUCAGAGGGCCAGAGGUGGUCGGAACACGGCCGGGUGAGAGUGAGGAGACGUUACGAGCGGUCUUUGAACGGGCUCGGUCUGCAGCAGAAGAGGGUCCCUGCGUGUUGUUCUUGGACGAGCUGGAUUCCCUGUUUCCCAGGAGAACUGGCUCAUCUGCACCGGAGAACCGGCUGGUGGCUCAGCUUCUCACACUGAUGGACGGGAUGGACCAGUCGGACCACUUCCUCAUCGCCGGAGCCACCAACAGGCCGGACAGCUUAGACCCGGCACUGCGGAGACCUGGAAGAUUUGACAGAGAGGUCAUCAUCGGCGCUCCCACCUUGCCGCAGAGAAAAGCCAUCUUGUCCGUUCUGUGUGAGAAGAUGCCUGUGUGUCCCGACGUGAACAUGGCUGACCUCGCCCAAAGAACUACCGGAUACGUAGGAGCAGAUCUCAGUGCUCUUUGCAGGGAAGCUGCCAUGCAAGCUGCACGAGAAAAUGCAAAGGGUUCAGCAGAGCAGACGGUGGAUAUGAAGCACUUCGGGGAGGCCCUGAAGGUGGUGCGUCCCUCGUGCCUGAGGAGCAGCCUGGGCAGGACGGAGCUCUCUCCGCUGCUUUGGGAGCAAAUAGGAGGCCUGGAUGAAGUCAAGAUCAAGCUAAGACAGAGCAUUGAGUGGCCUAUGAGAUACCCCGAGGCGUUUGUUCGUCUGGGACUGUCUCGGCCUCGUGGCGUGCUGCUCUACGGACCUCCAGGAUGUGCAAAGACGACGCUUGUUAAAGCUGCAGCCACAUCCUCCCACUGCACGUUCCUGUCUGUCAGCGGUGCCGACCUCUACUCCCCAUACGUCGGUGACUCGGAGAAGGCUUUAGCGCAGCUGUUUCGCCAGGCCCGGGCCUGCGCUCCCUGCAUACUAUUCCUGGAUGAGAUCGACUCUCUGAUCGGCUCACGGUCGAACAGCGGGACACCGAGUAGUGUGCAGACACGUCUCCUGUCUGUGCUCCUGAAUGAGAUGGAUGGGAUUGGUCUGAAGACCCUGGAGAGAAGAGGGGCAGAGAAGGUUCUCCAGGCAGAGGGAAUGGAGUGUCCCACACAGGGGGAGUUGGACUGUCAGGAAGUAUGCAACAAAGAUGUGAUGGUUGUUGCCGCCACAAACAGACCUGACUGUUUAGACAGCGCCCUCCGCAGGCCUGGCAGGCUGGACCACAUCAUCUAUGUUCCACCGCCUGAUCAGCAGGCCCGGAGUGCCAUCCUUAAAGUCUGCACAAAGUCCAUGCCCGUUGAUGCUGAUGUGUGUCUAGAGGAGCUGGCUGCAGAGACUAAACUUUACUCUGGAGCUGACCUGGAAAAUCUGUGUAAGGAGGCUGCUCUCUUGGCGCUGCUGGACGAGAACAUGGAGGCUUCAGCCAUCAAACACACCCAUUUCCUGCGUUCGCUCAACAAAAUGCGUCCGUCUCUGACCGCCCAGCAGAUCCACGCAUAUCAAACAUCUCCCAGAUGAUAAUACCCUCUUCACUGAUAUAUUGUACUAUAAGACAGAUAUUGAUUUCCAAUAAAAUUGGUCAAACCCCG